GCCACCACUUUUUAGCGGGAAUUGUUUCAGACGCUUUCACGGAAUUUGACAACAGAUCCAGGCUGAAAGUCUGUUGACAAAAGUGAAGUAUAGUGGAUAUCGGUCUAUGCUACCAAAUGGAGGGUGAAAAAACCCGCCUUCGGGAAGCUUGUUUCGCUCUCGAAAAGAUUAUUGCCGAAAACGAGGUUUACUUGAAUGAGUUAAAUGAAGAGAUUAAUCAGACAGAAAUCCCUCGUCCUGCUGCCACGCUGAAACAAAUACGAAUUGCGGAUAAGGUUGCUGCAUUGGAGGCCGGAAAACGCGACCUAGCGUUUCUGCAAGGAGGAGCGAGACCCACAGAUUGCCAUCCAAAUGAAAUCCUAAACAGCAAGCCACUUCUAUUAACCUUGGCACGUGCAUCACAAUCACGAGCUAAAGCAGAAAUGGAACAGCUUUUGUUGGAAGAAAAGCUACGACAGGCUUCAAUUAGAAAGGAAGGUGAAAGGAAGAAUUUAAUUUUGAGUGAACUUAAAAUGAUUAUAAAGGCUUUUUUGGAAAAAAUGAAAUCUCUUGAGGAAUUGGAAUUAGCUGAACUACGAGCAUUGGAAGCUAAAGCACAUGACCUUGAAAAAAUCACUGCAGACUUGACAGCAACUAUGAACAACUUAUUGGGAAAAUAUUUUGGAGCUCCUCAAAUUCCUGGGUAUACUGCACUGAGUGAUCUUCUGCUGCAUCUAAUGAAACCCCUUAAACGUCGCCGACGAAGUACGUACAUUAGAGUAAAAAACUCUGUUUGGCCGUAUUACUUGGAGAUCUUGGAAACAAAUGGGAUCAUUGAGUACCAUCCGGUUGACAAAGGCAAAAUAAGACUUGUUGACUUUUCAAACGGUCAGUUGGGAUUAGAUCCGAAGAAAUUCGAGGCCAUCCGAGAAAAAGAAGAGGCGAAAAAGAAGGCCAAAGAAGCUUUGAAGAAAAACAAAGGCAAAGGUAAAGAGGCCCAUAAAGGAAACAUAGGUAGGAGCAGAUUGGUUGUGACAGUACCUAAACGCAAUAGCGUUAAAGCUUCAAAGAAGGGCGAAGAAAGUGAGCUACAAGAAGAGGAAGAAGAAGAAUGGGAGGAUGACCAAUAAGAUACGCAAGAAGCAUUAUAGCUUAUAAGAGUUGGAAUCAUGUAAAGAAUUCCUUUUCUUUGGUAUUGUGCUGUUUCUGCCGAUCCGCCGAUUCAAAAACACGCAGAAAAACUUGAAUCGUAAAUUCAGAAAUACAA